AGAGAGAGAGGGUUUUGGGCAUAAAUUCUGAAUGCAAUGAAAAGGCAACGACAAAGCCGGCAAAUGCCCUGCAACAACACUUGCCUUCUUCCUUUCCUCCUCAGCUUCAGCUCAGCAGAUUCCGCAAUCUGUCCACGACCCAACCCCAACCCCAAUCCCAAUCCCUUGUAAAAAUUAAUUUCCCCUAAAUCUAAAUUUGCUUCUUUUUAGCUUUUCUUAUUUCCCACCCACUCAAAAUUGCAGAUUUUCGGAUAAAGGAAAAGGGAAUUAAUUUAAAGCAUACCGAGUGAAUCUUUCAGGGGGAUUGGAUUAAAGAAGAACCCCCCAAAGUGAUUUGAUUGGUUGUGCUGUGAAUCUGCGUUUGCUGAAGACGAAGGGUUCGACAUAGAUUUGAUCUCUCCGGGGAGGUAGAUGGGUUGUUUUCCAUGUUUCGACUCCAGGGAAGAGGAAAAGCUCAAUCCCCGCGACGACAGAGAAGAUGACCAUAGGGAAACUCAUUCCACAGUUCCUUCUAACAUAUCCAAAUUAUCCUCUGGAGGAGACAGGCUGAAAACAAGAAGCAAUGUCGGGCCGAGGAAGGAGGCGUCGGGAUUGAAAGACUUGCCCGAUUCUCAGAUUGCUGCGCAUACGUUUACUUUCCGCGAGCUCGCUAAUGCUACGAACAAUUUUAGGGAAGAAUGUUUCUUGGGCGAGGGAGGAUUCGGCCGUGUGUACAAAGGAAAGCUUCCGUCCGGACAAGUUGUUGCUGUGAAACAGUUGGAUAGGAACGGGCUUCAGGGGAACCGGGAAUUUCUUGUUGAGGUUCUAAUGCUUAGCCUUCUCCACCAUCCGAAUUUGGUGAAUUUGAUGGGCUACUGCGCUGACGGUGAUCAAAGGCUUUUGGUUUAUGAGUUUAUGCCGUUGGGGUCGUUAGAAGAUCAUCUACAUGAUCUGCCUCUCGACAGAGAGCCGCUCGAUUGGAACACGAGAAUGAAAAUAGCAGCCGGGGCGGCAAGAGGGUUGGAAUAUCUUCACGAUAAGGCGAAUCCUCCCGUUAUUUACAGGGAUUUCAAGUCGUCGAAUAUAUUGCUCGGUGAAGGGUAUUUUCCAAAGCUCUCCGACUUCGGACUUGCGAAACUCGGCCCUACAGGCGACAAAUCCCAUGUAUCGACGAGGGUCAUGGGAACCUAUGGCUAUUGUGCGCCUGAAUAUGCGAUGACUGGGCAGUUGACGGUGAAGUCCGACGUUUACAGCUUCGGAGUCGUUUUUUUAGAACUCAUUACCGGGCGUAAGGCCAUCGACAGCACCCAACCUCAGGGGGAACAAAACCUUGUUGCGUGGGCUCGUCCAUUGUUCAACGACCGUCGAAAAUUCGCGAAGCUGGCGGAUCCGAGGCUGGAAGGAAAGUUUCCAAUGCGCGGCCUUUAUCAAGCUUUAGCUGUGGCGUCGAUGUGCAUUCAAGAACAGGCUGCCGGGCGUCCGUUGAUCGGCGACGUGGUGACCGCCCUUUCUUACCUUGCGAACCAGGCGUACGAUCCGAGUCUCGCUCCCGGGCAUAGCAACCGAAUUGGCGCGGAUAAGGAUGAUAGCAGAAACAAAGACGGGAAAAGCGUGAGGAACGAAGAAGGGGGCAGCUCUGGCCGGAAAUGGGAGCUGGAAGGGUCGGAGAAGGAUGAUUCCCCGAGAGAAACGGCGAAGAUGUUGAACCGGGAUUUGGAUAGAGAACGAGCUGUCGCCGAGGCUAAAAUGUGGGGCGAGAAUUGGCGACGCCAAAAUGCUCAGGGAAGCUACGAUGGAAACAACGGGUGACGGGCGCAAUCGCGAUCGAUUUACGGCGAUUUUUCGAGAGGUAAGGAGCAAAGAGGAUGGAGAUGAUUUUUGUUUUGAGUGGCUACCUCCAUCAAUGUAUCCUAUGGUAUGGUUUGGGGAUUUUAAGUUUGUGAUGAAGAAGAAGAAGAAGAGAGUUUGGAGGUGUGUAUAUUUGCAGGAAUGAAUGAAUGUGUGUAAAAUUGUAUCCAAAGUCUUGUCUUUGUAACAUUCAAAUCUCUCACCUUUUUGUGCCAUGGGAAUCAAUUUUGCUUUCAUUUA